UUCUCUCUGCCAAUACACACGUGUUUAUAUUUAUCGGGAGUGGAGUUACAAGUAAUACUGGAAAAGUGGAAAGUGUAAAUGGUCGACAAAUAUUACAUACUUUUAUAAAUAAUAUAGAACGACAAUUCAAUCAAAUUUAAGAAAUAAUAAAAUAUUCGAUCAUGUUGACAAGAAGAUUAAUCAAUAAAUAUAAAUUACCACAAUUUAUUUGUGUAAUUCCACAACUAAAACAGUUUUCAUCAAACGCAACAGAUCCUAGUUUAUUUAUUCCACCAGAAGUAAGGUUAUCCGCUCCGAAACCACUGUUACCAGAACGAGAACCGUUCGUAAAGAACUUUUUUCUUGCGAAAUAUGAUACACAUUUUGCUGCUUUUCCAGAACCUCAAACUCCUGAUAGACAUCGAGAUUUUUUUGAAUGGCUAAAGCCUAUUGAAGACUACAUUUAUAACAAAGUGGAUAGUGCUGCAAUUGAUAGAACUGCUCAAAUACCUAAUGAAAUAUUAGAAAACUUACGAAAUUUAGGUGUAUUUCAAGCAAUAGUUCCAGACAUAUAUCACGGUAUCGGAUUAAAUAGCAGUGAAAUAGCAAAACUUGUAGAAACAGUUUCAUAUAUUCCUUGUCUUGGUGCAUAUCUGGUAAAACAAAUAGCAGCAGUUCAAUUAAUAUCAGAAUUAGGUUCUGACAAACAAAAACAACUUAUUUUGCCAAGAAUAGCUAACAGAGAUUUAAUUCCUACAAUUUGUAUAACGGAAGACUUUCAAGGAAUGAAAGGUUCUGCUAUCACAUCAGUUGCUAGAAGAUUGGAUUGUAAUGACUUUUAUCUUUUCAAUAGCAUCAAAACUUUUGUUCCUAAUGCUGAAAACUCUAAUUUAUUUAUUGUUUUUGCUGAAUGCUCCGAUCCUGAGUUAAAAAUUGAACCAGAAAAUACUAUUUCUGCUUUUUUAAUUCAAAAAGACUGUGAUGGUCUUGAAAUAAAAGAACCUGUUAAUAUUACAGGUCUUCGAGGUUUUUCACUUAGUGAAGUUCAUUUUAAAAAUACUAAAAUUCCUGCAGACAAUAUGCUUGGAAUCACUGGAUCAGCAGCAAAUAAAUUUUCAGAACUUUAUGUAAAAGGCAAAGAAUACAUUGGUUGUCAAGCUAUAGGAUUACUAAAGAGAUUUUUAAAAUUAUUUGUUCUUUACCUUAAGAAACAAGAACAUUUCAAUACUACAUUAUUUCAGAAUGAUUCAGUUCAAGAAACCAUUGCAAAGAUUGCUUGUAUAAUAUAUGCGAUGGAGAGUAUUGUUUAUUUUACUAAUGGUAUGAUAGAUGGUUAUGCUGGUCAAAACUGUGACAUUGAAAAAUGUAUCAUUGAAGUCUACUGUACUGAAAAAUGUAUUGAGAGUAUUUUGUUAGGGAUACAAUUUUUAGGAGCGAUUUCUCAUGUAAGAGGAAGUGAAUUAGAUCAAUUAAUCAGAGAUGCAUUAUGUCUUACAUCUAUUGAUGGACCUGUUGCUCCUACAAAAUUAUUAAUAGCAAUGUUAGGUUUAAAACAUAGUGGACAUGAAUUGGCUGAAAACAUAGUUGUAAGACGAAAUCCUGUACUGUUUCCUGGAAAGGUUUUCAAACACACUUUGUUUAAUUGGAAUAAAGAAAAAGAUUUAUAUGUUGAUGAUAAUUUACAUCCUACAUUGCAGCCCACUGCAAAAAUAUUUGAAACAUUAUUAAAAAAAUUUUCGAAGGAUAUUUAUAACUCUUGUGCAAGAGAUGGACAAAUGCUCAUGGCGAAAGAAAUGGAAUUAAAAAGAAUUAGCGAAUCAGCUAUUCUCUUAUACGUUCUAGCUGCUAUUUUAGCCCGUUCAUCAAGAUCAUAUUGUUUAGGUAUGAGAAAUUCAGAACAAGAAAUUCAAAUGGCACAAGUAUACGGAUAUAUACUUGGUAAAGAACUUGAUAAAACAUUGUAUGAUAUCGAAUUUGGAGAACAUAUUAUUGGAGAUUUUAUUUUGAAAAAUGUGAGUGAUACCAUUUUUGAAAAUGACAAUUAUGUUAGCGCUCAUCCAUUAGCACGAAACUUUUAAAUUAUUUCUAUUCAUUUUUUUAAUAGACAUGUACUAAAUUUUGAUCCUUCUGUACGAUAGUAAAUAUUUAUAAAUACUUGAAAUGCAUUUGUAAGGAAAAAGUCAAGGUGUAAUCAAUAAUGUAAAUAAAAUUUAUUCGGA